AAAUUACUUUUUCUCAGGCACUCAGGUGACAAAGUGACAGCUCACAAUAAUUAAUUGUGACUCACAAUUUUUAGAUUUAGAAAAACUAGUUUUUAUUAAUUAAAAUACAGUUAAAUAUGUCUCGAUCUAAAUCAGACAAAGUUGGAAGUGACAGCAGCAGUGUUUGGCUACGUGCAUUUACUGCCAAUGCCGAGUGGCCAGAUAAAGAAGAAUUUCUAGAUGUUAUAUACUGGUCUCGUCAGGUUAUUGGAAUAAUUGUUGGUAUUGCUUGGGGCCUUAUAGCUCUUAAAGGAUUUUUGGGCCUUUUAUUAUUCGUUUUGAUAAAUACGGGUUUAACAUAUUUAUACUUUAGUUGUUACCAACAAGUUGAUGAGGAGGAAUUUGGUGGUGCAUGGGAGUUGACGAAAGAAGGAUUUAUGACUUCGUUUGCAGAUUUUUUGGUAACUUGGAUAAUUUUUUAUUCGGGCCUACAUUUUGAUUAAAGAAAUUAUAUCAACGUAAAUGAGAUUCAAUUAAUCCUAAAAAAAUAGGAAACAAGUUGUGAAAGGAGGAAAGUGAUGGAUGUAUGUAUGUUGUCAUAUAGAAACCUUUUAUAAAGGCUGCAGACUGAUAACUCAUACUUAACGUCCUUCAUUUUAAUUAGUUCAUUAAUAAUUGACUUAUUGAAUCAUAAGUUACUUAUACAUUCAUUGAGAGUGGAUACCUCGAACUUUCAUUAAAAUGUAAUUAAAUUAAAAUAAAUAUAUUUAUAAAUAACA